AUGUCCGCUGCCACAGAUAAGGCUCGGUUUUACCUGGAGAAGUCCGUUCCGGAGCUGAAAGAAUAUGAGCAGAAGAAGUUGUUCUCCAAGGAUGAAAUUACUUCCAUUAUUAAAAAGCGAUCGGACUUUGAACACAAGCUUAAUGCGCGCGGCGCAAAGCCAAUUGACUUUGUCCGAUAUGUCGAAUACGAGAUCAACCUAGAGUCCCUACGAAAAAAGCGAGUGAAGCGCAUGGGAAUUCGAUCGGGCGGACACAACGGUCAACGACGAAUCUUUUUCAUUCUGGAUCGUGCCACACGCAAGUUUCACGGUGAUGUCAACAUCUGGAUUCAGUAUAUCGAAUACACACGGAAGCAGAAAGCCUACAAGAAGCUCUCGAUGAUCCUCACCGAUGCUCUACGCUUCCAUCCCACCAACGCCGAGUUAUGGAUCUACGCUGCGAAAUAUUCGCUCGACGAACAUGCGGAUAUGACUCAGGCCCGAAGCUUCAUGCAACGUGGUUUACGAUUCUGCAAGAAUGCGCGCAACUUGUGGAUUCAAUACGCGAAGCUGGAAUUGAUCUAUGUUGCUAAACUGGUCGCCCGCCAAAAGAUUUUGGGAUUGGAUACAGCCAGUCAACGACCCAAGGCCGUUGAGCAACCGGGACUAGAUGCCCACGAUGCCGACAUGAUUUCAUUGCCCAAAAUCACCGAAGAGGAUAUCAACCCGACUUUGCCUGGAGAUGAAGUUGACGAGAAUGCCUUGGAGACACUCAAUGCCACCCCGGCCCUUAGCGGUGCCAUCCCAAUGGCUAUCUUUGACUCUGCUAUGAAAAACUUUGACAACGACGAUCGACUUGCAUUCAAUUUCUAUGACAUGGUACUGGAGUUUGAGGAUGUGCCGUGUCUGCGCAAAAUCCUGGGACACGUGGUGGAGACUUUGCAGAGCAGCCAACCUACCAGUCCUCGGACUCGCAUCUGUUACAUCAAGUUCCCAACUGCGGGCGUAAGAGUCACAUCACCAGAUUUCCCGCGUGCCCUGGGUAGCUCACUUGCUCUUCUCAAGGAAUCACAGCCGCUGGAUGCUGGACUUGCGCAAGAAGUGGUCAAUUGGUUGAAGCCAUUGGCUGAGACAGAGGAUGUGGAUCCUUCAUUGAAGAAGGUCAUCCUGUUCACAUUGCGCAACGCCGAGCGAACAUUGCCGGCAUGA